AUGCCUUCAAUACACCGAAGGGCACAAGCCCACAGUCGACCCCAAGUGCUGCACCGGUCUCCAAAAUCUAGUAGCAACCACAACCUCCGAAGACGACAAGGUGACAACAUGCUAUUGCUUGGAAGAUGCUUUCUAGAAGUUUCCUGCUAUCCAGGACGGGUAUAUGAAAGCGAUUCCAAACCUAUGCAACAUUACGGUUCCUUUCCCUCUCUCAAAGGAUAUGAAACGUAA